GCACAGAACCCUUCGGAAGUGCUCACACCUUGUUCAGCAGAGGAGGAGGAGGAAGAUCCAGGAUCCAACCGUGACGUUAUCAGUUUUGAGUGUGAGGAGCCGACAGAGGAGCAGGUGGCCAACGCAAUGCGCCAUUCCAGUACGAGCUGCAGUGAAGCUUCACCCAUGGAAGAGAAUGGAGCUGGUGUAAGUGAGGAGCAUAACGAAGAGCGGAACACCGGCGAAUGUACCAAAGAUGCAGAGCUUGACGACACCGGUCUUUGUCCUAAAUGCGGUUCAAGCGAAGAUCCUCAAUUCAUACAUUACAAGAAAAUAGUGAAGCCGAUCGAUUCCAAUUAUGGUGCAUUCAUUUGGCGCUAUUGCUGUGCUCGAAAGGAAUGUGCAGAAUUCUUUGGUGAUUACUACGCUUAUGACAAAGUUACUAAUUCUUUCGUGACAGUUCCUGAAGAGUCUGCUGUUCCGGAGGAAACGGAGAUCAAAAGUGAGCCAAAGCCAAGUGAACUACAGCCAAAUGAGUCACAAUCAGUUUCCAUAGCGGAAGAAAUCACUGAACAAACGCCAUCCGUGCCACCAUGUGAAGGGAAAUGUGCUGAUGAACAUUCCGUAGCUGAUGUCAAGGAGACGCCAAGUACGCCAGUCGUUCACAGAAGCAGCAGAAGGCAAAAGCAAACUAGUCGGAAGAGAACGGCCACACUUAAA